AAUUGCCGCGUGUUCGUUGUUCGGUAUACAUCACAGUGCGCAUAUUUAAAUAAAUUCUAUUUUAGUGACUUUAUUUAAUAACUAAAUAUAUAAUUAAAUUAAUUAUUAUUAUUAUUGCAUUAAUUAUUUAGCAAGUUUUAAAUUUGAAAAGAGAAGAAAGACAAAAAAAAAGAAUGAAAUUUUUUUUUUUCAACAAGUUAAUAUUGUUUAAAAAAUUAAUAAUAAAUUAUUAAAAAUAAUAUAUUAUAUUAUAGUUUUUAUUGAGAUAAAACUGAUACUGGGAAAAAAAAUCCAAGUGUUAAAUAAUAAUUGAAAUUAAUUAUAAUUCAUUGGAGAGAAAUCCACAGGUUUCACUGUAUUCAAAAAUAAAAAAAAUACAAAAAAAUGCAGCUGUUCAACAUAUGGAUUACAGAUCAAACUCAUGAUAAAACAUUUAAAAAAUUUAUUAAAAAAUCUGGAUAGAGACUUCAUUGAUGUGUUUUAUUAAAUGAUCAAUGUUUUAAUUACCAUGAUAUCAAUCAAAUGUUAAUUUAAAAAGAAAAUAAUAUUGUAAAAUUCAUUGAUCAGUUUUUUUGAUGAAAUAUAUUUGUCAGUAAAUAUAUAAUUCAACAUGUCAAAUGAUACAAAUGUCACACUGGAUCCGUUUCUUGAUUAUGACAUUAAUGAAUCAUUGAAUAAUUAUGAAUGGUCAGAGUUGGCACCGGCACUUGUUGUUUAUUCAAUAACAUUUUGUCUUGGUCUUACUGGUAAUUUAGUGAUUAUUGCAUCAACACUUUGUCCAAAAUUGAGACCACUACCAUCAACACCGACAAAUAUUUUUUUGGGUGGACUUGCAAGUGCUGAUCUUAUUCUCAUUACAUUUUGCAUACCAGUCAAGAUUGCUAAACUUUUUUCCUACACAUGGACAAUGGGAUUAUUUUUAUGCAAAUCAGUGCACUACAUGCAAAGUGUAUCAGCUAUUUGUUCGGUCCUGACACUAACAGCAAUGUCAGUCGAGAGGUAUUAUGCAAUUGUACAUCCAAUGAGGGCACAGUACACAUGUACAAUAAGUCAAGCUAGACGAAUAGUCAUGGUGACAUGGGCAGCAUCUUUUCUACUUGCAAUACCAAUGCUAUUUACUCAGAGACACAAAGCUGUUGGUGAAAAAGUACCAGCAUUUUGGUGUGUCAGAGAUUCUGAUUCAGUAACAAUUUGGCGUCUUCAUGAAUUGUACAUGUUACUAUUGGUAUUGGUAAUUCCACUUGUUGUUAUGGCUUUUUGCUAUACAGCAAUAUGCUGGGAAAUAUGGUUAGUCAUGAAACGAAGAUACCACAUGACAUCAAGACACGCAUUAAGUCCAACUGUUAAUAACAAUGCAGUUAAUGGUGAAUCAAUUGCAAUGACAGAUAGACGAAGGGAUGGAGAUAGAUCACGCCGUUCACGAAGUAGACGUGGUGAUGCACGUACUGAAAUUGAAUCAAGAACAAUGAAACAGGUUGUUAAAAUGCUGGUUGCUGUUGUUGUUUUAUUUGCAAUUUGUUGGAGUCCAAUGCUUAUUGACAAUGUUUUAACAUCAUAUGGAAUAUUACCACGACUCAAACAUGAUACAUCAAAACAUUUAAAUACAAUAUUUCAACUAAUGGCAUAUUUCAACAGUUGCAUUAAUCCAAUUAUCUAUGGAUUUAUGUCCAAGCAUUUUCGUGAAAGUUUUCUAGCAGCAGCAUGUGGUGGUUGGUGGUGUUGUUGUCGUAGACGUGUUUAUACACCACCAGUUAAACGACAUCCAAGUGUUAGUCAAACUCGUACCACCAGUGUUAGAUGGGCUUGAUGCUGUACUUAGUUGCGGAAAUAACCCUGUCAAAUACAUGUGGAGACAUGGCAUUGACAUUUUAUUGCGUGUUUAUUGAAAAAUCCAAGAGCCUUGUCAUCAAAUUAUUGGAAAAUAAAUCCUCAAAAUAUUUAUACAUCCUGUCAAACAAAUAACAAAAAAUAAUAUUCAGCAUCUGAGAAUCUUCAUGUGAAUUUGUCGUCAUUAGUUUUUAAAAUUAUUGUACCCUAAAUUUUGUUUCACAAGAUAAUAUAUAAUAAAAUGUUUAAAAACUUGUUGAUGUAAUAGAUUUACUCUACAGUAUUUAUGAUGAUCAAAUGUUGAUACACUGUAAAAUCAUUAUAAUUAUAUUAGAAUAAUGUUGUCGUGAAAAAAAAACCAUUAUAAUAUAACCACGUUGAUAUUUAAAUAUAUAUAAAUAAGAAAGAGACCAAAGAAUAAUGUUGCAAUUAAAUAAUAUAAAUGUAAAUAUAUGUAAUUUAUUUGUUAACUUAAUUAAAAUAAAUAUUUUAGAUGUUUAGAAU